AUGGAGAGCUUGAAUGCAAGCGCCAUCGAUCAAGAAGUCCAGCCCGUGGAAUCCGUGGAUCACAACGAUCUCGAAGCCGCUCCAGAAAUAGGCACGAUCGACGUCGUGAAUGCAAUGCACUCGAUGACGACGGUCGUCGCGAUGGACGAGGACGCACCGAACAACGUUCCAAAUAUCGAGAGGGAAAUGAAGAAAAUCCCGCGCAAGAUGAAUCUUGUUAUACGCCAAAUCGCCGCGACGACUCUCGUGGGCGUCCUCACGGACGCAACAAUGCACGACGGGCUGAACCCCAUCGCGGCGAUGGGAAAAUUGACCCUAACUUGCCUCCAUUGGACGAUGACCCACGAGUAG